GUAGCGUAGAAUCUCGAAGCUAUUGAAAGCAAGUUAGCAUCAGCAGCAGCGAUACCACUACUGUCUACUCUACUACUCAACAACAAGAUGUCAGCCGAGACAGCAACCAGUCCAGCGGCAACGGUCCCAGCCGCGUCCACACCGGCCAAGGCGAAGAAGGCGGCCGCAUCGAAAGCAGCAGCCAGCUCCAAGAAGCCGCGUGCCAAGCCAGCACACCCGCCAACCGGCGAAAUGGUGAACGCUGCUAUUGCCGGACUCAAGGAGCGUGGUGGCUCGUCACUGCAGGCGAUCAAGAAGUACAUUGCUGCCAACUACAAGGCCGACGCAGAGAAGCUGGCGCCGUUCAUCAAGAAGUACCUGAAGACAGCCGUCGCAUCGGGAGCUCUCACCCAGCCGAAAGGCAAGGGUGCCGCCGGCUCGUUCAAGAUCUCGGUGAAGGAAGCAGCCAAGGGUGCUGCCCCGAAGCCGGCUAGUGCCAAGCCGAAGUCAGCUCAGCCAAAGAAGAAGAAGCCCACUGCUGCCGGAGCAAAGCCGAAGAAGGCCGUUGCCUCGGCUACAAAGAGCAAGGCAACGUCUGCUGCCGCCGGUGAGAAGAAGAAGGCCGCAGCUAGCAAGCCAGCCGCCGCGAAGAAGAGCAGUGCUGCUGCUUCGGCAGCCAAGUCCAAGUCUCCUAAGGCGAAAAAGGUCACCAAGCCGCCUACCAAGAAGCCCAAGUCGCCGAAGCCGAAGAAGGCAGCCGUCGCCAAGAAACCAAAGAAGGCUACUGUCACUAAGAAGAAGUAAAUUCUUCUACGGACCUACCACACACCAGCCAGCCGAGGGGCCUGCCGCUGUCGUCGCAAGCACUUCACAUAAAAACGGCUCUUUUCAGGGCCUCCA